AUGUCGACGUCUCGUGUUGGUUUUCGCUUUUUCCAGAACUCCCGUGCGGCAUUCCGCGAGGCUUUCCGCCGGCCUGGUGCCCAGGGACGCCGCUUCCAGACUUCCGAUGCUGCUUCCGCUCAGCAACAGAGCACAUUCCAGCGUCUAUGGAACAGCCCUAUUGGCGUGAAGACGGUUCACUUCUGGGCCCCUGUUAUGAAGUGGGCACUCGUCGUCGCCGGUAUCUCCGACUUCCAGCGCCCGCCUGAGAAGCUCUCCUUGACCCAGAACGGUGCCCUUAUGGCCACCGGUGCCAUCUGGACCCGCUGGUGCAUGAUCAUCACGCCUAAGAACUACCUCCUCGCCGCCGUCAACUUCUUCCUCGGAUGCGUUGGUGUCGUCCAGGUUUCCCGUAUCUUCAACUACCACCGCAGCCUUGAUGGCUCGUCAAAAGAGGCCGUGAAGGAUAUGGAGCACGAGCUUGCUGGGGAUGCGAAGGCUGUGGCUUCUGGCGCCAAGAAUGCCGUGAAAAAGCACGAUUAA